UUGCCUACCCGAACCACUCCUACGCAUCUAAGUGCUCCAAAAUGAUAUAUGACAAUAUCUACUUUAGAUCACGUGCUCUUAGGGUGACUAAGACGAAUAGCGCGUCAUUCUGCCUUCCCAAAUUUGUCCCCCUCUGCUGAUCGGAUCCAAAAGGUCUAUCUAUACAGCACGAAGCGGAGAAAGAUGUUUAACUCAGUGAAUCUGGGAAACUUCUGCUCUCAGUCGCGUAAGGAAAGGAAUACAGACUUUGGAGAGAGAGCCGCCUGCGCUUCCAAUAUCUACCUCCCUAGCUGCACCUAUUACGUCCCUGAAUUUUCAACAGUGUCAUCGUUCUUGCCACAGGCCCCAUCUCGCCAAAUCACCUACCCUUACUCCACAAAUCUGUCUCAAGUUCAGCCAGUCCGAGAAGUCUCAUACGGCUUAGACCCAUCAAGCAAAUGGCACCAUAGAAGCAAUUACGCGUCCUGCUAUGCUGCGGAGGACUUAAUGCACAGAGAGUGCAUCCCGCCUUCCACCAUGACCGAAAUGCUAAUGAAAAGUGAAAGCGUAUACAGCCACCACCAUCCCAGCGCCAACCAUCCAUCCGCUGGCUUUUAUUCUAGCAUGAGCAAAAAUAGCGUCCUCCCUCAAGGGUUUGAUCGUUUUUUCGAAAAUGCUUAUUGCGGGACUGAGAGUCAGUCAGAAAACUGCGCCCACAAGAGUGAGGGAAAGCUCAGCUCAGCACCCCAGUCAAGCAUACUGUCACCUGGAGGAGACCGGGAGAAAGACCCGGAAGAUGAAGAGGAAAAUACGAACCCGGGAUCAUCUGCUUCGUCUUCUUCUAUCAAUAAGGAAGGCACCAAAACCAACAGCUCCAGCAUCCCACGUACAAGGAAGAAGAGGUGUCCAUAUUCCAAAUUCCAAAUCAGAGAAUUGGAAAGGGAGUUUUUCUUCAACGUAUAUAUAAACAAAGAAAAACGUCUGCAGCUGUCAAGAAUGCUGAACCUCACCGACCGACAGGUUAAAAUAUGGUUUCAAAACAGAAGAAUGAAAGAAAAAAAACUCAGCAGAGACCGCCUGCAGUAUUUUUCUGGAAACCCUUUAUUGUGAACACUGAUAAUUAUGCACAGAUACUGCAGAUAUUUGUAUAUAUCCAUGUAUAUAUAUAUAUAUAUCUAUAUAAUAUAAUGUAUGUACUGAUGAAAAUGAAAGCGGAAAGACUUUAUGCGUAUUGUCCUAAAGGACUAAGAGCCAGCAGUGGCAGACGACUGAAUUUGCCGUUUUUGUUUGGACAGUAUUAAUGCGAAGUUUAGCACUCCUUGAUCAAACUAGGGCUGCAACGAUCGUGGUUCUGUCUCUUAUUUAAUGUUCUUUGCGAAAAUGUGAAACAUUUCUUGAGCUGUAAGCUGUUCGUUUUAUAAAAUGCAAUGCUAUAAAUGUUUACAUUGUUAUUUCACUUAUUAAAAUAACAAUUCAUACCUUA